AUGUUCAUCUUUAUCAAGCAUGGAGAUAACCAGCAAUUUCUGGUCAAUACCAACUGCUCUGUCCUCCUGUUGCUUCAUUACACCCGCAGUAAAUUGGGGUUGGCUAAAACAGUCACUAUCGAUUUGUGUGAUGAAACGGGGACAAUGAAGUUGCUUUUCCUGCUGAAGACCCCUACAGAGUAUGCCACCAAAUACCUCACGGCUCGAAACACCUACUACGUUUGUAAGAUUGAGCGUGGGCCACCAGGAACCAGAUUUGAAAAUGCUUACAGAGCCUUUGUGCCCCUCCUGAAGAAUCCAGAACCUGAGCUAACGGAUGCCUUACGCACACAGUGUGACUUCCUGGAGAGAAGCCGAAUAAAGAUGCUUAGAAGUCAAGAAGCCAAGAAAGUCACUCAAAUUGAAUCCUCUGUGAACCUUCCAUCCAAAUCUGGAAGAUCUGAUGAAGACGGGCCCACUCGCAGGGGGCCUCUCUAUAAGUCCAGAGUGGAGUUUUUCAGGAGGGAUAAACAUCGUUAA